AUGGGCGCGGCGUGGCUGCGCGGCGUGCUGCUGGGCUGCUGCCUGGCGUGGCGCGCGGGCGCGGGCGGCGAGUACUGCCACGGCGGGGUGGACGCGCGCGGCAGGCCCUUCGAGGGCUUCCCCUGCCCGGAGCGCUUCGACGGCCCCGACGCCACCCUCUGCUGCGGCUCCUGCGCCCUGCGCUACUGCUGCGCCGCCGCCGAGGCGCGCCUGGAGCAGGGCGCCUGCACCGACCCCCGCCCGCCCGGCCCGCCGCCCGCCGCCGCCCAACCAGUCUACGUGCCGUUUCUUAUCGUCGGAUCGAUAUUUAUUGCCUUCAUUUUUGUGGGCUCUCUGGUUGCAGUCUAUUGCUGUACGUGUCUCAGGCCUAAGCAAACUUUGCAGCAGCCGGUCCGAUUCUCUCUCCAGAGCUACCAGAUGGAGACUCUGCCAAUGAUCCUGACCUCCACGAGCUUAAGGACUCCCUCGCGACAAUCCAGUACUGCAACCAACUCAAGUCCCACGGGGGGUUCCAUCUGCAGGUUUUCAUUUGCCAGACCAGAGUCGGCGUGCAUCAUAGCUUCUUUGCCCUCGCCUUACUCAUCGGGCUGUCUACAGAUGGGUCACUCUGUCCACCUCUCUCAGCCUUCUGGAUUUUUGUUGUCGUCCCCGUAUUUUUCCUACCCUAACCAUUCUGAGCCAUCUUUAAAUGGAAAGAGCGUGCCAGAUUUUAGUCUGACUUGA